GGAGCGGAUAUAAACAAGAUUGGUUCGAGCGGGAGAACGACACUGGGUGAGGCAUGCAGAUGGGGCAACGUUAAAAUGGUGGACUUCCUGAUAAACCAAGGUGCCAAUAUUGAACAACCGAAUCCUGCGUUUCAAGAUGCUACUCCACUGAACGUCGCUGUCCUUUCUAAACAACCGAAAGUUGUGGAGUACCUUAUUUCAAAAGGUGCCAAAGUGGACCAUGUUAUGAAAGAUGGCAGGACGAGUGUGAUAAAAGCUAAAGAUGCAGAUGAUAUGCCCAUGAUUGACUUGCUGCUGCAGGCAGACUUGAACAACAACUUCGCUGACAACAAUGGAUUUGUUUAUCAACUUGCCAAAAAUUAUAACUCUCCAAAUAAAAGUUAUUGA